AUGUCGGGAACUACUAUUGACGAUGUCGUGAAGCGACUUAGCACCGCUGAUAUAGAUACCCGACUCAAGGUGGAAGCCGCGACCACCUUGCGCGACAGCCUGGACGCUUACACCAAUGGCCCCAUCUACGAACCCUUUCUGAAGCGUUUGAUGCCCAUCUUCAUAAACAUCUUGCGUGGACCAUGUAUCUUCCAAAGCAAUUCUCCGGAGCAGAAACUCCGCAACUGCAUCCUCGAGGUGCUACACCGACUACCGACCAACAUGGCACCCACCGAACCGUUCAAGCCCUACGCCGAAGAGAUCGUCGAUCUGCUUAUGCAACUAGUCCGAACCGACAACGAGGAUAACGCAUCAUUGUGUGUUAAGAUCACUUCCGACAUUAUGCGCCAUCAGCAUCAGGUUUUGCAGGGCAAGGUCCAGCCCUUCCUGACCUUAAUUCAGGAGCUCUUUGAUCAGAUGGAGAAGGUCGUCAUGGAGCAGCUGGAUAAUGCAUCUCUCGCCCCAAACCCGCAGCCUGGUGCACCGUCAACGCCAGGCAGCACGCAAGCCAACUUUCAGUCUCCUCGACCGGGCUCUCCUGUGGCCUCGGUGACUGAGCUUGGCGCAGAUCCCCAGCAGCAAAAUCGACCACUCCUCAAAGGCAUGCAGUCUUUCAAAGUUCUCUCGGAAUGCCCGAUCAUUGUCGUGUCGAUCUUCCAAGUCUAUAGGAAUACAGUCACCCAGAAUGUGCCUAGAUUUGUGCCCCUGAUUAAGGGAUUCCUUUCUCUGCAGGCCAGCGCCCAGAAGCAGGCUCACGAUGACGCUGCUGCCAGAGGCGAUAUACAUACUGGUGUGAGCUCAGGUAUUAAAAACCGAGCUGCCUUUGGAGAUUUCAUCACCGCACAGAUCAAAACUAUGAGUUUUCUGGCAUAUCUCCUCCGCCAGUACGCUUCUCAGUUGAAAGACUUUCUGCAUCUAUUACCCGAUAUCGUCAUCCGGCUACUCAAAGACUGUCCUCGAGAGAAAUCUGGGACACGAAAGGAGCUCCUGAUUGCAAUCAGACACAUUAUCAAUUAUAAUUUCCGAAAGAUCUUCCUCCCCAAAAUCGACGAACUUCUGGACGAGCGUACAUUAACGGGAGACGGCCUGACCGUAUACGAAACGAUGAGACCUCUCGCGUAUAGUAUGCUGGCGGAUCUGAUUCAUCACGUGCGCGACUCCUUAACUCCAGAGCAAAUUCGCAAGACGGUGGAGGUGUAUACCCGAAAUCUCCAAGACAACUUUCCAGGAACGUCUUUUCAAACUAUGAGUGCGAAGCUUCUCCUUAACAUGGCCGAAUGCAUUGCGAAGCUCCCCAAUAAAGUAGAUGCAAGGCAUUACUUGAUGAUGAUCCUCAACGCUAUUGGAGACAAAUUUGCCGCCAUGAAUCGACAGUACCCGAAUGCUGUCAAACUGUCGAAGCUAUAUCAUCAGCAGGCCGAAGCUGGUGCGCCUGAAUCAUAUCUUGCUGAUAAGGAGCACCCGCCGGAUUGGGACGAAACCGACAUCUUUUCAGCAGUGCCCAUCAAAAUCUCCAACCCUAGAGAUCGAGGAGCUGACCCGGUGGGCGAUAAUAAAUUUCUCUUUAGGAAUCUGAUGAAUGGUCUUAAAAACACAUUUUAUCAGCUGAGAACUUGCAACAUUGGCACACCGAUUGACCCUCAGAAUGCGCCGCCGCAUUGGCAAGAGGUCGCCUACGGCUUCACGGCGGAGGAGGUCAAUGUGAUUAUCAAGUUGUUCCGAGAGGGCGCCUAUGUGUUCAGAUACUACGAAAUUGAGAAACCUGCUACUGAGAAUCAGUACGUAUCGCCAGUUGAGUACAUGGCAAACUUCUACAUGGUUUCGAGUAGCAAGGAAGAAAAAGACCUUCUUGAAACAUUCGCCACCGUCUUUCAUUGUAUCGACCCAGCUACCUUCCAUGAGGUCUUCCAGCAGGAGAUUCCACAUCUCUAUGAUAUGAUUUUUGAGCACACGGCUUUGUUGCAUAUACCCCAGUUUUUCCUAGCGAGUGAGGCAACCUCUCCUAGUUUUUGCGGCAUGCUGCUUCAAUUCCUCAUGGAACGAAUCGACGAGGUUGGCUCAGCGGACGUUAAGAAGUCGUCCAUUUUGCUGCGGCUCUUCAAGCUGGCCUUCAUGGCGGUCACCUUGUUUGCCACGCAAAAUGAGCAAGUUUUGUUGCCUCACGUAGUCAGCAUUGUUACAAAAUCGAUAGAGCUGUCCACCAAAGCAGAGGAGCCCAUGAACUACUUCCUUCUUUUACGGUCCCUUUUUAGAAGUAUUGGCGGCGGGAAGUUUGAGCAACUCUAUAAGCAGAUACUGCCGCUACUUGAGAUGCUGCUGGAUGUUCUAAACACUCUGCUGAUGGCUGCCCGGAAACCGUCUGAGCGAGAUCUCUACGUUGAGCUAUGCCUUACCGUCCCGGCACGGCUUAGUCACCUGCUGCCGCACCUGAGUUUUCUUAUGCGACCGUUGGUAGUUGCUCUUCGGGCCGGCACAGACCUUGUUGGCCAGGGUCUCCGAACGUUGGAGCUCUGUGUUGAUAAUCUAACGGCAGAUUAUCUCGAUCCCAUCAUGGCACCUGUCAUUGACGAGCUCAUGACUGCCUUGUUUGAUCAUCUAAAACCACACCCCUACAGUCACUUUCAUGCGCAUACCACCAUGCGAAUCUUGGGUAAACUUGGAGGUAGAAAUCGCAAAUUUAUGACAGGUGCUGUUCCUCUCACAUAUACCAACUAUGCCGAUGAUGCCUCAAGCUUUGACUUGCGACUCAUUGGUUCCAAGAAGGACAGAGCCUUUCCAGCUGACCUGGGAAUCGAUCUUGCGAUACAAAAACUGAUGGAGGUACCUCGGCACAAUAAGGCUAAUGCCCAGAACCGACAGUAUGACGAAUACUACAAGAAACAGGCCAUACAUUUUAUCAAGACUCAACUGAAGCUACGCAUCGGGUUUGACCAACUGCCCGAAGACUUGCCCCGGAUUGUCAGGCUCCAAGCACAAGACUUUUUGAACCGCAAGAUGGAUAUUAAUUUCGCGCCGUUCGAAGUGUCGAGCCGCGAAAGAUCCAUCCCAAAGAAAGAUGAGCAGGAUAAGAUCACCAAAAAGUUGCUCAAGGCGGUCAUGUUUUCGCAGUCAAUACCGGAUGUCAAGCAGGAAUCCAGCGCUUUUCUCCUUGACGUGUGCCGGCACUUUGUUCUCAUAGAGGUAGGAAGAUCUCUGAUCGACCUGAAGCGAAAUUACAACCCCUUUGACCCGAAAGCUGGUGAAGGCCCGCUGACUAUUGACACCCGGGUCUUGUCUGACGCAAUUGUCGAAUCCCUAGCAUCUGACCAUCCGGACGUUCGUGAAGCGGCGCAGCAGGCAAUCCGGGAGCUCUACAAAUGCACAUCGCUCAUUCUUGGCUCCGAGACCAAUGUCGGCCGUCUCCAUCUGUUCAACCACCUAAGCAAUACCUUCUGUCACAGCUGCUAUGAGGAAGAAUGGUUCACAAAGACAGGUGGAAGCCUUGGCAUUAACUUUUUGCUCACAGAACUUGACCUGGGCGAUGCUUGGGUGACAUCUAAGCAGACUGAAUUUAUUCGUGCUCUGAUGUACGUUAUCAAAGACAUGCCGCUGGACCUCCCGGAAAAGACAAGAUGUCUUGCACAGACUAGUCUCGAAGUUUUGCUCAGGCGCAUCACCAAGAACAUCAAGAAGGAAGAUGCCCUGCCAAUUCAACAGCAACCUGGCCAGCCGCAGGCCAAGCAACCCCGCCUCGCCCAAAUCUGUAUGCAGUUUAACAAUGAGCUCUCUCAUAUGAACAAGUUUGUCCGCGAAACAGCCAAAAACUCGCUGGAACUCAUCGCAAAGGCUGCUGGCUGUGAAGUGUGGCAGCUCGUCGAGCCCUACAAGGAAAGGUUUCUUCAGCCUAUCUAUGCUAAACCUCUUCGUGCCCUUCCCUUUCCUAUACAGAUUGGGUACAUCAAUGCCAUGACGUAUCAUAUGGGCCUGAAAAACGACUGGGUUACCUUUGACGAGAAUCUAAACCGUCUGUUGAUGGAGUCGCUCGCAUUAGCUGACGCCAACGACGAGUCCUUGGCCAACAAACCUGCCGAGUUCAGAACACAUGAACAUAUCGUCAACUUGCGAGUGUCCUGCAUCAAACUUCUCAGCACUGCGAUGACGUUUGAAGAAUUUGCCAACAACCCGACCAAGGGUAAGAUCCUCUCGGUCUUUUUCAAAUGUCUCUAUUCUGAAUCGAAGCCAACCAUCGCGGCGGCAAACGAUGCCUUGAAGUCGGUGUUAGCUGUUGAUAGGCGCCUGCCGAAAGAUUUGCUCCAGAGCGGCCUGCGCCCUGUGCUGCAGAGUCUAUCGGAUCCGAAGAGACUCAACACGCAUGGUUUGGAUAACUUGUCAAGGCUUUUGAAGCUCCUGACGAGCUACUUCAAGGUCGAGAUCGGUGCUCGCUUGCUUGAUCAGAUCGAGUCUAUUGUUGAACCCGGUGCGUGGCAGCAAAUUUCGUUCACGUUUUUUGAGCAGCAUCCUCAAAUGAAGGUCAUCACUGCCAUUCUCAACAUCUUCCAUCUUCUACCGGCUCCAGCAGAAGCGUUCAAGGACCGCUUAAUUGACUGCUUCCUUGGACUCGAAGAGCGGCUUCGACGAACUCACCAGAGCCCGUUCCGGCUGCCAAUGUUUCUCUACUUGAACCGGUAUCCCAAGGAGAUUUGGGCCUAUCUACUUGGCAAGCUGGAUGAUCUGAAAUACGGUAGACUUCUGGCCCAGGUCCUUCUACAUCCAGAUAGCACGCCCUUGAGAGAGACGGCCGUGGAAAAUUUGGAGGGGUUGAUCGGCAAAUGCAACGAGAUUGUUGGGCAGAACAACGACAAGAAAUACGUUGCCAUUGUCAACACGAUUCAUAUCCUCCAUUCCAUCGGUCAAUUCCCAGCCUCUAGUGCUUGGAUGGAUAAAAAGGAGCACCUUACCUGGCUGAAAGCCAUUGGGAGAGACCUCGAAGCAAAUAUACGAGGCUAUUCGCUUCCGGCCUUUGUGCGACUGCCGGGCUACCAAGCCGCCGAGCAAUUGAUGAAUAUUCUCGUCAAGUCUCUGGAGAGAUCGCCGGGGGACUUGGAUGCUUUAUUCAAUCUAGUAGAGUCCGUUGCCGCCGAGGAACUUCGGUCGACUCAGCCUCUAUUCUCCUUCAUCUACGAGAAGAUUAUUUGCAGCGACUCCAUGGAGUUCUGGAAAUCGACGUUCCUUCGCUGUCUCGAAACCUACUCUGGGAAGACUGCUUCAAAUAAGACGAAAUACUUCCUACUCCACUAUAUCGUUAAUCCAAUUGUUGCUACGGAUGUCAUGCGGCAUUGGAAUCAGCCAGAACAGAAUCGCGUCCAGAGGCUGAUGGAUCGACCUAUCAUCGAUGCAGUGAGCACUAAGAUCUGGAAAGUACAUCCUGAGAUGACUCCAGAUGACUUGGCCCAGCCAGGAAUUGACCACAUUAGGUUUGAGGUGCUCCAGCUGUCGGCAAUGCUUGUUAAGUACUACCAUGCAACACUCCAAGAAGCGCGCAAGGACAUCAUCAAAUUUGGAUGGACUUUUAUCCGCUUGGAUGAUAUAAUCAACAAGCAUGCGGCGUAUGUCGUGAUAGGAUAUUUUAUCGCUCACUAUGAAACACCUCCAAAAAUCGUCAGCCAGGUAUACUUGUCGCUACUCAAGACUAAUUCCAAUGAAGGUCGGGCGCUGGUUACGCAAGCACUGGAGCUCAUUGCUCCGGUUCUUCCCAAACGCUGUGGCACGGGUCCCAGUGAUAGGACCACACCAUGGGCCGUAGCACCGCGUCGCAUCUUGGCUGACGAAGGCCAAAAUAUGCAGCAGAUGACAAGCAUCUUCCAUUUCCUUGUGCGACAUCCCGAACUUUUCUACGAUGCUAGAGAUAAGUACGCUGUUCUCAUCAUCACGUCUUUGAGAAAGGUUGCCGCACCGCCAAACCCUUCACAUGAGAGUAAGAAGCUCGCCUUGAACAUGAUGUGGCUGAUUUGGACUUGGGAACAAUGGCGGAUCGAGGGCAAAACUUCACCUCUUCUGACGACGAGAUCGCUCUCUGAGUCUCCGGUUUCGAGGAAACGAAAGUUGGACAGUGACCAACCAAGCACAUCCCCCUCGGCAGCCAGGCAAACGGCCGAUCGACCAGAGUAUCAAAUCCCGCCACUGUUCCGCCUUAAGAUGGUUAAGUACCUGGUUGAGUUUAUUGCGCAACUGAACGAGCGGUAUCAACUGCCAUCCGCUAAACCUCGUGGAUCACCCGCUGGUGCAGUUCCGCAGGCCGGGCCAAAUAUGACGGAGCUUUGCAAGAAAGCCAUGGCCCUCCUUUACAACCUCGUACAGCCUCAGUGUUGGGGGGACCUGGAUCUAGAUCUGUUUCCCAACGUCACCGACGUUAUCCUCGCUCACGACAGGACGCAGGCAGCUCUUAACGCUGAUCCAACUGAUAAGGAAAAGUAUGACGAAAAAUUCCUCACCAACAUCAUCAAUACACUGCAAGUGGUCCGUAUUCUUCUGAACUUCAAGUCAGACGAGUGGAUACAAAGGAGCAUCGCCCCAAUCCAAAAGGUCUUGGAGAAGUGCCUCAAGUCAGAAAACCCAGAGGUUCAGGAUUGUUUGCACCUCGCUGACAAGGAGUACGAUGAUGGUCGAGAGUUGAAGUCUAUCGUUCGUCGCAUUCUCGAUGCGGUGCCUGAAGAUACGCCAAUGGAGGACGCCGAUGCUGAGGGUGAAUCCGAGAUUCAAACAUCUGAAAUUGUGGCCUAUCUCUCACAGGUGGCAACAGAACAGAUGAAUAACAACCUCUAUGUUUCGGGUGUCAACAUUUUGUGGUCUCUGGGCAAUCGCAAGCCUGCCAUCAUUGAUCAACACAUCCCUUCGCUUAUGAAAGCAAUGCAGAGUAAGCAUGCGCGAGAACAUGUGCAGCACUACAGUGCCUUAGCAAAUCAAGCAACAGGUGUCCAGCGGACUCAAGAGACUAACGGUACCACUGGAGAGCUCUCUGCAUAUGAACUUGAGAUGCAAACUAAACUGAUGAUCAAAGAGAUUCAAGUUGUCGCAUUGCGAAUGGAAACUCUGGGCGACAACCGACGACCAUUCUUGAGCGUUUUGGCAACGCUUGUCGAAAAGUCCAUGCACAUUGAACUGUGCACGGAAAUUCUAGGCAUGGUGGAGGGCUGGGUGUUUAGAUCUGAGGGUACCUGGCCGACACUCAAGGAAAAGACGGCGGUCCUUCACAAAAUGCUCUCCUUUGAGCACAGGCAAGAUCCCACAAUGCUCUCCAAGUUCCUAGAACUGGUGAUUCGCAUCUACGAGGACCCUAAGAUUACCCGGACCGAGUUAACAGUACGAAUGGAGCACGCCUUUCUCAUUGGCACACGAGCGGUUGACGCGGAAAUGCGAAAUCGGUUCAUGGCGAUUUUCGACAAGAGCUUGUCCAAGACAGCCAGCAUCCGCCUCUCAUACGUACUUACAUCCCAGAAUUGGGAUACUCUCGCGGAUUCUUACUGGCUGGCCCAGGCCAAUCACCUUCUGUUGGGGGCUGUGGAAAUGAACACCAACGUACAGCUUCAUGCUGAUGAUUUCAAAGUCAUAGCUCCAUCCCAGCUGGCUGCAGUCUACCCCAAAGACAAGGACACGAGGGAGCCAACCAUGAUGGUCGACGAAAAAUUCGAGGCUCUCAUGGCUAGUCAUCGACGAUUUAUGGCCGAGCUAGGAGAUGUGAAAGUACGGGACAUUAUCGAGCCGUUGACGCAGCUACAACAUAUCGAUAACCAGCUGGCUCAUCAACUGUGGGUUGUCGCAUUCCCGAUGUAUUGGUCUGCGACUCUGCGAGAUGAGAGACCCGAACUUCAGCGCGGUAUGGUCGCGCUUCUCACCAAAGACUACCAUAGUCGCCAAAUAGAAAAGCGGCCCAAUGUUGUUCAGUCUUUGAUAGAAGGAGCGGCAAAGACCUGGCCGGAGUGUAGGCUUCCUCCGCAUGUGUUGAAAUUUGAAGCGAAGACGUACGAUGCUUGGUAUACAGCCCUCGUACAGCUCGAAAAUGCAUCGAUUAAACCAGGACCCGAUUCAGCCACUGUCCGCGAGAGCAAUCUCGAUGCGCUCGUGGAUCUCUAUGCAUCCCUGCAGGAAGACGAUCUUUUCUACGGGACUUGGCGUCGUCGUUCUCAGUUUGUAGAGACCAACGCCGGACUUUCAUACGAACAGAAUGGGAUGUGGGACAAAGCUCAGAAGUUGUAUGAGACAGCUCAGAUCAAAGCAAGAACUGGUGUGAUCCCGUUCUCUCAAGCUGAGUAUAUGAUUUGGGAGGAUCAUUGGGUCCUCUGUGCUCAAAAGCUGCAGCAGUGGGAGAUUCUUCAAGAUUUUGCUAAGCACGAGAAUUUCCAGGACUUGCUGCUCGAAUGCGCAUGGCGCAACACGGAAAUGUGGCAGGACGAGCAGCACCGCGAGGCUUUAGACAAUAUCAUCAAAGGAGUCAUGGAUGCCCCUACACCGCGGCGAGCUUUCUUCCAGGCGUUCAUGUCUCUACUCAAAUUCCACAACCAGCAAGAGGCGGCAACAGAUUUUGCGCGUGUGUGCGAUGAAGCGAUACAGCUGUCCAUUAGGAAAUGGCAUCAACUCCCGGUUCGGUUGACCAACGCGCAUAUCCCACUGCUCCAGAAUUUCCAACAGUUGGUGGAGCUGCAUGAUGCAAGUGUCAUUUGUCAGAGUUUAGCCAACACCAACGCGUCCAAUCUCGAUGUCAAAUCAGGAGAACUUAAGCUUCUGCUCGGCGCCUGGCGUGAUCGCCUUCCCAAUAUUUGGGACGAUAUCACGGCUUGGCAAGACUUGGUAACUUGGAGACAGCACAUUUUCAACCUCAUCAACCAGACAUAUCUCCAGCUUCUUCCACAGCAAGGCCAGCAAAAUGCUGGUGGGGCUUCCUUCGCCUACCGUGGCUUCCACGAGACAGCUUGGAUCAUCAACCGCUUCGCUCAUGUCGCACGCAAACACAGUUUGCCAGAAGUCUGCAUCAACCAGCUCAGUCGCAUCUACACGCUUCCAAACAUCGAAAUUCAGGAGGCAUUCCUGAAACUUCGCGAGCAGGCCAGAUGUCAUUACGAAAACCCUGAGGAGCUGAACAGUGGUUUGGAGGUAAUCAAUAAUACGAACCUUAACUACUUCAAUCCCCAGCAGAAGGCCGAGUUCUAUACCUUGAAGGGCAUGUUCCUUGAGAAACUCGAGCUUAAAGAGGAGGCUGAUGCAGCCUACGGAACGGCCCUGUAUUUCGAUAUAGGAGCAGCAAAGGCUUGGGCAGAGUGGGGAUACUUUAAUGACAGAAAGUUCAAAGAGGAUCCUUUGGAUGUAAAUGCGGCUAGGCAGGCGCUGACCUCUUACCUCCAAGCCGCAAGCAGCUACAAGAGUGCAAAGUCGCGAAAACUCCUCUCCCGGAUUCUAUGGCUCCUCAGCUUGGACGAUGCCAAGGGCUCUAUUGCUGCAGGAUUCGAUGACUUCAAAGGCGAGACUCCAACGUGGUAUUGGAUCACAUUCAUUCCUCAGCUGUUGACUGGUCUGGGCUACAAAGAGGCUCCACGGGUCUACCAGAUCCUUCUCGGAAUCGCAAAGUCAUACCCCCAAGCUCUCUACUUCCAACUCAGGACAAACAGGGAGGAUAUGAUGGCUAUCAAGAAAACCCAAGAAGCAAAGGAGAAGGCACGGCUACGAAGUCAAUCUGCUGCGGCUAACGGCAAACCUAGCUCAGCUUCCCCCUUGCAGACAAAACAAGAGCCUCCCAAGGCCGAGGGAACAGCAUCACGGCCAGGUACUGCUACUGGUGGCGAUGCGGCUCACAUUAAGACAGAGAAUGGCGAGGCUAAUGGCGGCGCGGCAUCAGUAACGCCCGCGCCCGCACCUGCAGGUCAAGAGCAAGCGCAGUCUCAAGCUCUCGCUCAAGGCGGCCAAGCGCAAGCUCAACCGGCUGCCCAAAACCAGAAGAGGCCACCUUGGGAACUGACUGAAGAAGUCAUGUCAGUGCUUAAGACGGCAUUUCCCUUGCUGGCAUUAUCAAUGGAGACCAUGGUAGACCAGAUUCAGAAACACUUCAAGUGUCCGCCAGACGAAGACGCAUACCGUCUAAUUGUCGCACUGCUUAAUGAUGCCCUGACGUACGUUAGCAGAACUCCUGCGUCUUUCGCCAAGAGUGUCAAGCUUCCUUCCGCCACAGAGACGAACAUCACGCGGUUUGCCGAGACGAUCCUACCAAACCACAUCAAAAAGUCGUUUGAAGCCGAUUUUGUUGAGGUCAAGCCGACUAUGUAUGAGUACAUCCACAAACUGAGGCGAUGGAGGACCAAGUUUGAGGAGAAGCUGGAUCGUCGGAUUGUGCACACGCCUCUGGAAGCAUUCUCCCCUCACCUGAGCGAGUUCCGAUACCAAAAGUUUGACGAAGUUGAGAUUCCUGGGCAGUAUCUUCAGCACAAGGACAAAAAUCAGGACUUUAUUCGAAUAGAGAGGUUCUUACCUAACGUUGACUUGAUACGCUCAGUCAAUGCGUCGUAUCGCAGACUCAAGAUGCGUGGUCACGACGGUAGCGUUCACUCAUGGGCAGUGCAACAUCCCGCAGCAAGGCACUGCCGCCGCGAGGAAAAGAUUCUGCAGCUCUUUAGGCAUCUCAACCAGACCCUGAGUCGCAAGAAGGAGAGCCGUCGACGAGACCUGCAAUUCACCCUACCGUUGAUGGUUCCCCUGGCUCCACAUAUAAGAAUUGUGCAAGAAGAUACCUCAUACAUUACGCUGCAUGGCGUCUAUGAGGAUCACUGUAGACGUAUGGGCAUGUCAAAGGAUGAGCCGGUCUUGUUUACGCUUGAGAAACUUCGAGGAGUGCUCGAGUCUAAGGGAGGACAGGUAAGCUAUUCCCGCAGCUGGAGGGUGAUGACUAACGGAGACUAUCAACAGACCAAACCUGAAUUGACGCCCACGGCGCGACUGGAGGUGUUCAACGCCAUCCAAGAGAAGUGGGUGCCGCCAACGGUGGCGCUGGAGUAUUUCCAGCAGGCGUUCCCGCAAUUUGCCGAAUUCUGGCUGUUCCGCAGACAGUUUUCAUACCAGCUGUCGGCAUUGACGUUUAUGACCUACAUCUUGUACAUGCAUAACCGAUACCCGGCCAAGAUGAACAUUGCUCGUGGGUCGGGCAACAUCUGGGGCUCCGAGCUCAUGUCAUUCAUGAGCGCAUCUAAGCCGUUCUUCCACAACCCAGAGCCAGUGCCCUUCCGGCUGACGCCAAACCUGCAGACUCUCAUGGGGCCUCUGGCCAUGGAGGGAAUAUUUGCCUGCUCAGUCAUGGCCAUUGCACGGUGCUUGACGGAACCGGAGCAUGAGCUUGAGCACGCGCUGACGUUGUUUGUGAGGGACGAGAUGAUGUUCUGGCUGAUGAACAGCCACCGCAGUGGCAUUAGCGAAAACCAGCUACGCGACUCGGUGCAGCUCAACAGCGACUCGAUAGUGAAGCGUGCCAUCAGCCUCGCCCACAACCCGUCGGGUAACCUGCCUGCGAACCAAACGGUUAUUGACGCUAUCGCCAAGGCCGUAAACCCCAUGAAUUUGGCGCAGUGCGAUGCAUUGUGGAUGCCAUAUCUUUGA